AUGGUUGACAAGACGGCCCAGCACAGCGCUGUGCGUUCGACGACCCCCUCGCUCCAACCGCCCUUUGCUUCACGACCGCUGCCACAGGCGCUCACGUCGUCGCCGACCUCAUCGCAGCAUGCGGCCACCACCAAUCAUCAGCCAGUCGUCUUCGACACAUCACCCCUGUCGCCGCUCGACUCGCUGCCCACCAUCGCCGGCCGCGGCAAUGAGGCUUUCCUUGCAAACGACGACGUCAAAGCCUUUUUGAGAGAGGAUCUCGACCUCUCGCGCCUCAACACCAUCCACGCGCACCUCUGGAUGGCCGGGCGGCCGAUGCGCGCACGCCCUCUGCACCGGUACAACAUGUACGGCUAUGAGGUGCUCGGCACGCAGCAAAUGGAUCUGCACCUCCUCCGCUUCUCCAAUAAGCUGCUCGUCAAACCUCUGCCCGAGUACCUUGUCAGCACAUCCUUCUGGGAGCAGUACGUGUGCGCCGACGAGGCAUUGUGGGAGAGCGCGACAGGCUGGCUGCUGAGCUACGUCUGGCUCAUCACGUCCCCGCUCGACCUCAAGCUCGCCCACGACAACGCCCUCCUCCCCGCCGCCAUCACCUGGCCCUGGUGGAAGGCGUUGGUCGCCGACUUCCACAGCAACGUCGACAUCAACACCCUGCACCAGGUCAACCAGCGCUACCACUUCGGUGACCUCCGCCUCUCGCGCAUCAACUCCAUCUACCGCACACGCUUCUUCUUCACGCACUUUGUCCGCGGUUAUCUGUACGGCUACAACCGCUACGUCGUCUUCUUCGAGCGCAACUUCUCCUGGAUCCUCAUCCUGUUUGUCUUCCUCAGCCUCGUCCUGAGCGCGAUGCAGGUCGGCACCGCACUCGAGGAGCUGAGCGGCAGCAAGGCCUUUAUGAAGGGGUCGUAUGGCGUUGUAGUGUUGAGCAUGGUCAGUGUGGUCGUUGUACUGGGGGCUGUUGGGUUGUGCUUUGUGGGUAUCUUUCUGUUCAACAUGGUGAGCGCGGUGAGGCAUGCAGGGAGCGAGGAGAGGAAGAGGGAGAAGCUACGCAGGCAGAAGCAGCAAAACGAUAAAGAGGUCUGA